AUCUACUUCCUUACUACACAAUAUUUCCUUAAUUUUUUUAAUUAAUUUUUAUGGACUGUACUAAAUUCUCAUAUCUAUAAGCUUUUCAUUACUUGACUUUUUAGUAGCUUUGCUAUGCUCUUGAAGCUCUUCUGAAGUAACCCAGGCAAAUCUUGAAAACAUGAAGUGUAACUAUCUGCUGGCUGUCUUAUGUUUAUGGGCUGUGUUAAUCCCUUCUUCGGAUGGUUUAAGGAGAAUUAGUCUGAAAAGGAGGUCUUUGGACCUGCCCUCCAUUAGUGCUGCCAGACAAGCUCGAUUGGAGGGUAGAUACGGAACACGCGUCGAGAAUCGACAGCUCAAACUCAGCGAUUCCGAUGAAGAUACGACGGUGUAUUUGAAGAAUUACAUGGAUGCUCAAUACUAUGGAGAGAUUAGUAUCGGUUCGCCCCCUCAGAAUUUUACCGUUAUAUUCGACACCGGCAGCUCCAAUCUUUGGGUUCCGUCCGCAAAAUGUUAUUUCUCCAUUGCUUGCUAUUUCCAUUCGAGAUUUAAGGCUGCCAAGUCCAGCACAUAUACAAAGAUUGGGAAGCCUUGCUCGAUUCAAUACGGGUCGGGGUCAAUCUCUGGAUAUUUUAGCCAAGACAAUGUUCUAGUUGGUGAUGUUGUUGUCGAAGAUCAAGUUUUUAUCGAGGCUACACGAGAAGGAAGCCUUACAUUUGUCCUCGCCAAAUUUGACGGGAUUUUCGGUCUCGGUUUCCAAGAAAUUUCCGUCGGCGAUGCAGUGCCGGUCUGGUACAAUAUGGUUGACCAAGGUCUUGUCGACGAGAAGGUAUUUUCUUUCUGGCUCAAUCGCGACACUGAAGCCGAAGUCGGAGGCGAGAUAAUCUUCGGUGGAGUUGAUCCAGACCAUUACAUAGGAAACCAUACUUACGUUCCCGUAACCGAAAAGGGCUACUGGCAGUUUGCUAUGGGCGAUUUCCUCAUCGGAAACCAGUCGACCGGUUUUUGUGAAGAUGGUUGUUCUGCUAUUGUGGAUUCGGGUACAUCGUUGCUUACUGGCCCAACCACUGUUGUGACUCAAAUAAACCACGCAAUCGGAGCAGAAGGAGUUGUGAGCACCGAAUGUAAAGAAAUCGUCUCCCAGUACGGAGAUAUGAUAUGGGAAUUACUUGUAUCCGGUGUUAAACCCGAUAAAGUUUGUUCGCAGUUGGGUCUAUGCUUUACCAAAGGAUCCAAGUCUGUGAGCUCGAAUAUUGCAAUGGUCGUUGAAAAGGAGACGAGUGAGGGAGCAUCGGUUAGUGAAAAUCCGUUAUGUACGGCUUGUGAGAUGGCUGUCGUUUGGAUGAGAAAUCAGCUUAAUAAUCAACAAGUAAAGGAAAAAGUGCUCGAUUAUGUCAAUCAGUUAUGCGAGAGCAUUCCGAGUCCAGCUGGAGAGUCCCUAAUCGAUUGCAACACGAUAUCGAACAUGACAGAUGUCACCUUCACCAUUGGUGGGAAAGCUUAUGUUCUCACUCCCGAACAGUAUAUUCUGAAAACGGGAGAAGGCGAAACCGCUAUUUGCAUCAGCGGAUUCAUGGCUUUGGACGUCGCGCCUCCUCGCGGACCGCUUUGGAUUCUUGGAGACGUGUUCAUGGGGGCGUACCACACUGUGUUCGACUACGGCAAUCUCCAGCUGGGAUUUGCUGAAGCUGCAUGAAGAUAUUUCUAAUUAAGGUUUGUAAAAACAAAUUAAACAGUAAGCCCAUUAGUCAUCAGUUGUUUUUGUUUAAGAAAGGCUAAGAGGGGCUCCUUUGUAAUUUAUGUAAUGAUAUAUGGUGUAGCUUUUGUACUUUGUAUGUGUAAUAAUUAUGGGUAUGGAUUCUAAUGAACUGAACAUAAACAACGACAAUGUACUUCCUUGUUUACAUGCAUGCGGGAUUCAUCCUUUGAAUUUGUAUUUCUUUUGCAUCCAUAUGUAAAUAUAGAAGUUUGGCUUUUAUUUGAUCA